AUGGAAGGUCGCCAUUGCGACGCUGCUGUCGGAGAACCACCGAGGGUCGAGGAACACGGUGAGCCGUCGUUCACCAAGGUGGGCUUUGCUGAGCUUUAUCACCACCAUUUUUUGUUGCCACUUUAUCUCCUCUUCUUUUGUCGUCAAGCUAUCGCCGCCAUCGCCUUAUCAAGCAACGAGUGCGGCUCUGGAUGGCGUUUCUCUCCGACUAUCGUGAGCCACCGUGGGGGUGGCUGUGAUUGGCAUGGCUUCCCACCAUGGUGGCCAUUUCCUUGUUGUCACCGCAAUCCGUCAUUGAUUGCCACUAAAGUGUUGCUGCCAUCGCCGCCCACCACAGGUGGCUGUGAUUGGGUGUCGGAUUCGUUUUCCAAGAAAAAAUGCAUACGGCUAAAUUAUAAUGAAAUGAAAUUUAAAACCACCACCUUAGGGUGGUGGUUGUCGCCUCUUGCCGCCACCGGCCACCGUGUCGGGUGGCAGUGCGCUUUGCCUCUUGUGAUAGAUUCGUUUGGGGUGCUAGAAACCCUAAUGGGCUCAAAGGAGCUCUAA